AAUACAUAGCAGGUGAGACGAAAUAAAAUGGCGGCAACCAUGUGUUGCUUAUGAUUUGGCUGUCAACACAUCAUUAACUUAAAAGUUAAAAAGAAUACCAAAUUAACAUUCGAGCCUGGUCAACUGACACCUUUUUUACAACUGAUUGAUGAUGGCCAAAAGAACUGCAACCCGGGAACUGACUGACAGAAACUGGGAUGAGGAAGAUGAGCCAGAGGAGGCUGGAGAAUUCAUCCAGGCUUCCGAGGAUGUCCUAAAAACCCGACAGAUAAAGAAAGCCAAGAGACGAGGGAUAGAUGCUGGAAGUGAAGGUGGAGCUAGUGUGUUCACAGGAUUCGCGGGCUUCAAGUCAAAGGCAUCCACACCAAGUUUUGGUGGGACUCUCUUAACAGACAAAGACAAAAAUGGUUCAAAUUCAGGAGCAAGUGAUUCAGUUAAAAGUGAGAAUGGUGGCAGUAAAUCGGAAUCUGAAUUCUUAAUGAACUUGAAGAGUUUGAACCAGAGUGUGGUGACUUGGAUUCAACAGCAUGUGGACAAGAACCCAUUCUGUAUAUUGACUCCGAUAUUCAAGGAUUAUGAGGAACAUUUGGAGGAACUGGAGAAAGAGAAGAAGAAAGAAACUGGGAAACCCAGCUCUGACUCUACUGAAAAGGAAAAGCCUGCCAAGGAGACGAAACAGGACACAGCAGGUGCAUCAACUGGAGGGUUCAAGUUUCCUAGCAACGGUUUUGGGCAGUUGAGUUCUACUGGCAGCAGCUUCGGAGGCUCUGCACCGGGAAAUGGUGGCUUCGGGUUCAGUUUCACCAAGAGUAGCAGUGCCUCAAUGGGAGGUUUCUCCUUCGGAUCACAAGCGUCGUCCAACUCGCUUCCCAAAACUGACACCACUGCAGGUGCUGAAGAGGAUGAGUAUGUUCCUCCCAUGGCUGAAGUGACUGAAGUCCAGGAGUCUGAUGCCUUCUACACCAAGAGGUGUAAGCUGUUCUACCAGAAGGAUGAGAAGUGGGUGGAGCGUGGCGUUGGUAACCUGCAUCUCAAGACGGUCAAUGAGAAGCUGCAGCUGGUCAUCCGAGCUGACACUAACCUAGGAAACAUAAUGCUGAACAUUAUCAUGUCAGAACAAAUGCCAGUCAAGAAGCAAGGAAAAAAUAAUGUGUUCUUUGUGUGCAUCCCUAACCCGCCCUUUGACCCAAAAGCAGCCAAUGACAAGCCAUGUCCAAUCCUUCUCCGAGUGAAGACGUCCACCGAUGCUGAAGAACUUAUUGCAAAGAUAGAAGAGAACGUAAAAUAACACUGACUGAGCAGUGUUUGAAGGCUUCCUGUGAUGGCUGUUAUGAUAUAGCAAAUAAAUUCUUAUUAAUUUGUUUGGAAA